GAAGUCUUGAUUGUUUUUCACGACAACACAAAGCAAUUUCGUUUCGUUAGAUAAGACGUUUAGCAAUACGACGUGUUAUAAGUUUCGGUUCCACUUUCUGUUCAGGAUAAGUGAAAUUAAUAUCCCCAACACAGUAACCCACUUAUCUCACUCUAACUAUGGACGAAGAAGAGCUGGUUUUAUGUACUCACUGCAAAAAAGAGGUGGCGAAGGCCAACUACGACCUGCACGAACCACACUGUAAGAGGUUUCUGUGUAUAUGCCCUGACUGCGAUGAAACCGUGCCUCGAGAUCAACUGGAGGAGCAUAAAACCGAGCAGCACGCAGAGGUAAAAUGUAAGAUGUGCAACAAAAAGUUGGAGCGGAGGCAUCUGUUGGAUCAUGAGAAAGACGAGUGCUCCGAGAGGCCUCAGAUCUGUGAGUUUUGUCAGCUUGAGCUUCCUCUGAGCAGUCUAAAAGAGCACAAAGUGUCCUGUGGGAGUCGCACAGAACGCUGCUCUGACUGUGGCCAGUACGUUAAACUGAUGGAGCAGCUUGAUCACGCUCAGAUCUGCUCUGCUUCCACCCCCACAGCGUCAAAGAACCUGGUCUCUGAAGAUGAUACUGCAGACACAGAUGAGCUGACCAUGCUGCAAUGUCAGAAUUGUCUGAAAUACAUUCCCUCAGGCACUCUGAAGAAGCACAAGCUUCUUUGCAAACAGUCCUUAAAGUUUGCAGAUGUUGAGGAUGAUGACUCUGAGGAUGAAAACCCCAAUGCUGGAAAUGCCAGAGCUGCAGAUUUCUCCUUCUCAUCAUUGCAAAAGAAGAAGAGAGAAACAGAAGACAGAAACAUUGACCUGGAUAAGAUAAGCACCUGUCCGCUCUGUCAUCUGGCUCUCCCUGCAAAGACACUCGAAUGGCAUGAGACAAAAUGUGAAUUAUACAAACAUCUGAGCCUGGCAUGAUGGCUGGUGAAAGAAAAGCAAAAUGUGGUCGCUGGAAACUCCAAUCACCACAAUGCUUCUUAUAAAUUGCCAUUGUCUGCUUUUAAUUUGAAAAUAAUGUCUCUUUAAAAUUUAUCUUCAAAACUCUUAAAAAGUUUUAGACAUCCU